AUGCAGUCUGAUGAAGGGUACGUCUGUCUGAGUGACAUUGAAAUGGGCUGUGGAGCGUCUAAAGAGGGCAGGAGGAAGAGGGUGGUGGUGUUCGGGGCCACUGGGCGUCAGGGGGGUUCUGUCUUGAGGGCCUUGGCUAUGGACCGGACGUUCCUGGCGGUCGGCGUGGCGAGGAACGGUUUCAGCGCCCAAGCUAUGGAGUUGAAAAAAGAAGGGUAUGCCAUUGUCGAAGGUGAUUUGGAAGAUACAGAAUCAUUAAUGGAGUUGUUGAAAGGAGCAUAUGGCUGUUUCAUCGUUACGAGCUACUGGGACCAUUUCGAUAUCAUAAGAGACUCCCAACAGGGUAAGAACGCCGUGGACUGUGCCAUAGCCUGUGGGGUCCAGCACAUCCUCUACAGCGGACAAGAGAGCCCCAAGGCAGUUAUUGACAAAUGUUGUGACCCGUUCGAUUCGAAAAGAAGAGUCGAAGAAUACCUCAAAAAGAAGAAACCAGAAAUUAACUACACGGUUAUCAGAUUGCCUUACUUUUUUGACAAUCUGUUGUCAAUGAUAAAACCCCACAAACUGCGGGACGGCCAUUUUGCCAUAGCAUAUCCAAUGGGUGACGUCCCCUUGCACGGAAUUGCUGUGGAGGAUAUUGGCAAAUGUGUGCACAAGAUCUUCAAGAAAGCAGAGGUGUUUCGCCGGAAGAUCGUGCCUCUGAGCGGAGAUCAGCUGACCGUACAGGAAUACGUGCACGUCCUCAACAAGCACAUGGCACCUAAGGUCUUUUGUGAUCCCCAGAUCACGUUGGAAGACUACAGUCAUUUUACUUUCAAAGGCUCCAAAGAAAUAUCCGCCAUGUUUGCUUUUUACAAAUUUGGUCGGCCAUUCCGAGAUGUCCGUGGCACCAGAAAAUUACACAAGGGAACUUUGUCAUUCGACGAUUGGGUGGCCAAGAAUAAAGCUCAGCUGGAUGAGCUGACGACGUGA